GGAAAUGGGGUCAAAUGACACAGUAGCUGGUCAUAACGGGUAACUUCCUGUUUCGGGAUUUCUCGAUGCAUGACUGUGAAAAUAAGCAAUUUAACCGUGGACUGAGCUGACGAUACAAUAACAGUGUUGUUCACUUAAGUUAGACCUGUUUGUCGUCGUCACGUUUUAGCCGGCUAGCUAUCUAUGCUAGCUAACAAUAACGUCAAAUAAUUAGCUCGGUGCUAACAGCUGUCAUGUCUACGUCAGCACAGAGAAGAAACAUAUGGUUGAACGUUAGCUAACUAACACAUUGCUCAACGGUCGUCCCACAAAACAACAAACGGUAACAACUUGCUAGAAGACGUUCACUUUAUGAGGGAGUCACCUGAAACUACACCACUGCUGCUCCUACAAUGAGGAGACUGACCAAGAAGAAGGCUCUGACUCUGGUGAAGGAGCUGGACGCUUUCCCCAAAGUUCCCGAGAGCUAUGUGGAGUCCACAGCCAGCGGUGGGACAGUGUCUCUGAUAGCAUUCACUCUCAUGGCAAUCCUUGCCUUCCUGGAAUUCUUCGUGUACAGAAAUACAUGGAUGAAGUACGAGUAUGAGGUGGACAAAGACUACAGCAGUAAAUUGAGGAUAAAUGUUGACAUUACAGUGGCCAUGAGAUGCCAGUAUAUCGGUGCAGAUGUCCUGGAUCUGGCAGAGACCAUGGUUGCCUCUGAUGGCUUAAAAUAUGAACCAGUCAACUUUGAGCUCUCUCCAGAGCAAAGAUUAUGGCACAUGACACUUCUUCACAUCCAGGAGCGUCUGAAAGUGGAGCACUCUCUCCAGGAUGUAAUAUUCAAGGCUGCAAUAAAAGGUUCUCCUCCUGUUCAGUCUGAAAGUGCGGACAAUUCUGCUUCCCAUACUGCCUGCAGGAUACAUGGACAUCUGUAUGUCAACAAAGUUGCAGGAAAUUUCCACAUUACUGUUGGCAAGUCCAUUCCACAUCCCAGAGGCCAUGCCCAUCUAGCUGCACUAGUUAGCCAUGACACUUAUAACUUUUCUCACCGGAUUGACCACCUAUCCUUUGGAGAAGCGAUUCCUGGGAUAAUCAGCCCUCUGGACGGCACAGAGAAAGUCUCAGCUCAUGCUAACCACAUGUUUCAGUACUUCAUCACUAUUGUUCCCACCAAACUGAACACCUACAGGGUCUCUGCAGAAACACAUCAGUACUCAGUCACAGAGCAGGACCGAGUGAUAAACCAUGCUGCGGGCAGCCAUGGAGUCUCAGGGAUCUUUAUGAAAUACGAUAUCAGCUCACUCAUGGUCAAAGUCAGCGAGCAGCACAUGCCUCUCUGGCAGUUCCUUAUCAGACUUUGUGGCAUCAUUGGCGGCAUUUUCUCCACCACAGGUAUGCUCCAUGGUGUAGUGGGAUUCCUGGUAGAUGUCGUUUGCUGUCGUUUCCAAAUGGGAAUCUAUAGACAUCUUAAGGAGGCUCCUCUGAAUGAGCAGGCCAACAGUGAAACCCUGGUCCCUACAGAAAACUCUCACACUCAAUAAUGAGUCUCCCUACAGCUCAGCUGCAGCUCAACAUCUAGGCCUACAUCACUAAACAAAAUUGAGAUGCUGAGGAAAUGUUUACAGGUUUUUCUUAUUGAGUUUGUCCCUGCUUUGUUCAGAAAUGUGUAAAUACUUGUAUCAUAUAUAUUAUUAUUAUUAUUUUUUUUUGUUCUGGCAUGACUGAAAAUCCACAUGUGAAGGAUUUUAAUCCACAACCCCCCACUUUCACUUGAAAGCUUGCAUCAGGAGGACUGAGCAGCCGUCUAAACACAAAUUAUUUACAUCAUCAUUGUAGAUCUGACUUCAUGAAAUGGUAGGUACAUGGUGUUGGAGCUCCCAUUGUGCACAUACACAGGUGUUUUCACUUAUUACGGCGAAUUGGAUCUUUUCUCAGGGUUAUGUGGUCAUGUAUUGACAUCUGCCCGACAGAUAUGUUUUAACAUGUGAAAGAGGGACAUUUUUCAGAUUCUUUCAUGUAGUUUGGUGAAGCUGAAAAAAAAGCCCUAUCAGCAAAGGAAAAAAGUGUGUGUGUGUGUGUGUGUGUGUGGACCCUUUUAAAAGGUGGAUUGUGUGUAAAGAUUGAGGGUUUUAUAUUGUUCCACAAGUGUGCCUAUGUGUAAAUGAUUGUUGCUAAUAUGAGGCUGAUUUGUUAAAUAAAAUCCACUUUCAACUUCA